UUUAAAAAAAUAUUUUUUUAAUGUGCAGUGACUGUCUUGCUACUCUUUUAUCAACAAUAAACAUUAUAUAUUAUGCAUGUGUAUGUUAUCAACUUUCUUAAAUAUCUUACUACCAGUGUGUGAGUGAAUAAAAUUAAAAAGUUAUUCGUAGAAUAUUUUGAAAUACACUGUAUAAUCCACAAGUUUUAAAUAGCAUUUAGCAACGGGAGAAGUAGUACUGGAGAACUUACUCACAAUGUCGCUGAAAGCAAAUCUUAUUACGCUAAGUAAUGGACAUAAAAUUCCUGCCUUGGGACUUGGAACAUGGCAGGGAACUGAUGAUCCGGGAGCGGUUGAAAAAGCAGUAAAAUUAGCUAUCGAUUUUGGCUACCGACAUUUUGACUGCGCAUCGGUUUACGGGAAUGAGAACGAAAUCGGCAAGGCGAUAAAACAAAAAAUCGAAGAGGGAGUGGUAAAAAGAGAGGACAUCUACAUUGUCACAAAAUUGUGGAAUGAUGAACACGAUCCAAAAGCAGUGAUCCCGGCAUGCAAAAGAUCUUUGAAGAAACUGGGCUUGAAUUAUCUCGAUUUGUACUUGGUUCAUUGGCCUUUUUCUUAUCCCGAUGAAGUAGACUUCGUCGAGACAUGGCGAGCCAUGGAAGAGUGUGUCAAGCUGGGGCUCACGCACUCCAUCGGUGUCAGCAAUUUUAAUAUCGAGCAACUGACGAGGCUUCUGGAUUCAGCCAGUAUAAAGCCGGUGAUGAACCAGAUCGAAGCCCACAUCAAUUUGAAUCAGAAGGAACUGCGGGACUUUUGUCACAGUAAGGGCAUCGCUGUCACGGCUUACAGUCCGUUCGGUGCUCCUGGACGUGAUUCCGUCUUCCAACCACCUGGUCCCGAAGUCAAUCUUGAUUCACCCGUCAUAGCUGAAAUCGCCAAAAAGUACAAAAAAUCCAAUUCUCAGGUUGCAUUGAGAUAUUUGAUUGAUGUUGGCACCAUUCCUAUACCAAAGUCAAGCUCAAAAAAACACCUAGAGUCCAACAUUGACGUUUUCGAUUUUAAAUUAACAGAGGAAGAAAUAUCUGCAAUAGAAAAACUUGAGCGCGGCUUCAGGACCUGUCCUGCCACCCAGUUUAAUAAUCUCAAAGAAUAUCCAUUCCAGGAGCCCAGAAAGAAGAAAUAAAACCUCAGUUUGUAAAUAAAAGUUUUUAAUUUUUUUAUUUCACAUAUUUAUAACCGCAUGUUUACUUGCACAAAUUUAUUUUAUUGGGAUAGUAAAGCUGUUAAGUAGCUACUUCAGAUAUACAUAAAAUAGUUUUAUGUAUUAAGUUAGUGACCUAAUAUUUUUUAGAAAUAAUAACUGGAGAUUGCAUGUAUACUAAUAUUCACUAUGUAUUACAAAAUUUAUAAAUAUGAAAUAUUUUUCUAGGUGAUAAUAUAUUGAAAGCUUUAAUAACUA